AUGCCCAACCACUCAAGCCCUCUCUCGAAAGCGCUGGAUAUCUACAUGUCACUCACCGAGCUGGAGAAGGAAAAGUUCACGGAGAAGACCUUCGACACAGACGACGACGACCACGAUGCUUCAUCUACGCAUACAGGUGACUGGACUAUCCAAUCCUCGAGCGCGGAAACCCACAAAACCGAUUCGCCCUUCGCCGCCAGCGUGGACCAGCUGGAUCAUUUCAGCUCCAAACCCAUCGGCACCUUCAGCUCCGAUGAAUUCGGCAUCAGGUACCUCAAAGAAUCGUCCAGCGCCCAUGACUGUGGAAUAUGGGCAUCGAAAAAGGAGCUUUUUCUCAAGCAUUACCGCGUGUGGGACAUCAUCGCCCGCAAGAUAUGCCCGCUCCCAGAGGGCCACGAGCGCUUCAGAGAGUGGCAGGGGAUGGAGACGCAGGCGAGGAUCUGGCUUUUCACGUACCUGGAUGACGAUGUCUAUCAUUGGCUUGCUGUCGAGGGUGGCAUGGACAAGAAGGAGCUGUGGAAGGCGUGGAGGAUGCUGCAGGUGCUUUUUGCCGUUGUGCGUCGGGGUGGAGGUAGGCCCAGGGGUCACAGUUUCGAGUCGGUAGCCUCCGUUUGGUGA